GAUCUGGAGCGAUCCGCUACACUUGCUGGAGUGAGAAUGGGCGACCCCGUGCUGGACCCAGACAGCCCAGAAUUCGACAUCUACAAAUGGCUACGGAUGUUCACGACCCUUGUACAGGAAGAGGACAUUAAGACCCGACAAGCUGGCUUCAGCUUCAAGAAACUCAACAUCUCCGGUUCUGGCAAUGCUCUUCAGCUACAAAAAGAUGUGACGGCCCCGUUCAUGGCCCCUUUCCGAUUGGGAGAGUAUUUCAGCUUCGGUAAGAAGUCGGAGAAGAAGAUUCUGCGCAACUUUGAAGGUGUACUUGGCGCUGGGGAGAUGCUGAUCGUGUUGGGAAGACCUGGGAGCGGUUGUUCUACCUUUCUCAAGGCCAUUACCGGUCAGAUGCAUGGUCUGAAUCAGGACAAGGAGUCUAAAGUUCAUUACAAUGGUAUACCACAGGAACAAAUGAUGAAAUCAUUCAGGGGAGAAGUCGUGUACAAUCAAGAAGUUGACAAGCACUUCCCUCACCUCACUGUGUGGGAGACCCUCUCCUUUGCGGCAGCAGCGCGCACUCCCAGUCGCCGCGUAAAGGAUAUCUCGCGACCGCAAUACAUCGAGCACUUGACAAAAGUCAUGAUGAACAUAUUUGGUCUGAGUCACACCAAAGACACAAAAGUUGGAAAUGACUACGUUCGCGGUGUCUCGGGUGGAGAAAGGAAGCGAGUGUCCAUUGCUGAAAUGGCGUUGGCCGGCAGCGCCAUUGCAGCAUGGGAUAAUAGUACUCGUGGCCUCGAUGCGGCGUCCGCCUUGGAGUUCACGAAGUCACUGAAGCUCAGCUCCAAAGUUGGAGGUACCUGCCAUGUCGUUGCAAUCUACCAAGCCUCCCAAGCCAUCUAUGAUCUCUUCGACAAAGCAAUCGUGCUUUACGAGGGCCGCCAAAUCUACUAUGGACCAACCGAUCAAGCCAGAGAGUACUUCUCAAACAUGGGAUGGCACUGCCCCUCGCGUCAAACGACUGGAGAUUUCCUAACUUCGGUAACCAAUCCUGCGGAGCGUCAAGCGAAAGAAGGAUUCGAAAAGAAAGUACCCAGGACUCCCGACGAGUUUGCUGAAUAUUGGCGGAAAUCCCAGGAGCAUGCGUCACUACAGAAAGAGAUCGCCGCGAAUGACGAGGAGUUUCCCGUCGGAGAGGGUGCUGUCACAUCCUUCCAGGAGAGCCACAGGGAGAAGCAAGCCGGACAUACUCGCAAGGGAUCACCAUUCUUGCUCAGCCCUUUUAUGCAGAUAAAGCUUUGCAUGAAGCGGUCGUAUCAGCGGACGAUCAAUGACAAAACGGCUACUGUGACUGUUGUCUGCGGUCAAAUUAUCAUGGCUUUGAUUAUCGGCUCCAUCUUUUACGGCACGCGCGACGACACUGCUUCCUUCUUUUCUAAGGGAGCAGUCCUAUUCUUCGCCAUUUUACUCAAUGCCUUAAUUGCCAUCACCGAGAUCAACACCCUCUACAGUCAACGUCCAAUUGUCGAAAAGCAAGCGUCAUAUGCCUUUUAUCAUCCUUACGUGGAAGGUUUUGCUGGUAUAAUAGCUGAUCUACCAGUCAAAUUCAUCGCCGCCACCUGCUUCAAUAUCAUCCUCUACUUCUUAGCUGGAUUACGAAGAGAACCCUCUCAAUUCUUCAUCUUCUUCCUCUUCAACUUCAUCUCGCAGCUGUGCAUGACCUGCAUAUUCCGGACGAUUGCCGCUCUCACUAAGACGGUCACCGUCGCCUUAACUGGCGCCGGUGUGCUCGUGCUGAUGAUUGUCAUUUACACGGGUUUCACGAUACCCCGACCGUACAUGCACGUCUGGUUUUUAUGGCUUUCGUAUGCAAAUCCAAUCGCAUUCGCCUUCGAAUCGAUCCUUGUCAACGAAGUCCACGGACGCACGUUCCCGUGCAGCUCGCUCGUUCCCUCAUACUCUAACAUGGAGCCCAACACCUUCAUCUGCUCCAUACCGGGCGCGGUCUUGGGCGAACGAACGGUCUCAGGAGAUGCUUGGGUUGAGAGUGCCUACCAGUACAGCUACUCCCACAUCUGGCGCAAUCUCGGCUUCAUCUGCGCUUUCCUAAUCUUCUUCUUGUUCACGUAUCUGCUGGGGACCGAGCUGAACUCUUCAACUUCCUCGACCGCAGAGUUCCUCGUCUUCCGUCGUGGCAAUGUUCCCGCGUACAUGAAAAAUGCCGAUAGUAAGAAUGACAGUGAGGAAUCCGGCGACGGAGCAGUUGUUAGCGGCCAGGGCGACUCUGAAAAGGAGAAAGAUGAAGAGAUGGACGUCAUCCCACCGCAGAAAGAUAUAUUUACAUGGAGGGACGUCAAGUAUGAGAUUCCAGUCAAGGGCGGACAUCGCGUCCUGCUCGAUAACGUAUCCGGAUGGGUUAAGCCUGGAACUCUUACUGCCUUGAUGGGUGUGUCAGGUGCCGGCAAGACGACUCUUCUGGACGUUUUGGCUCAGCGCGUCUCAUUCGGAGUCAUCACUGGUGACAUGUUCGUGAACGGCAAGCCUCUAGAUGACAGCUUCCAGCGCAAGACUGGUUACGUUCAGCAACAGGAUCUCCACCUAGAAACUACCACGGUCAGAGAAGCACUCCGUUUUAGCGCGAUGUUACGGCAGCCAAAAUCCGUCUCUAAGGAAGAGAAGUAUGAAUAUGUCGAAGAUGUGAUCAAGAUGCUUGCCAUGGAGGACUUCAGCGAAGCGAUUGUUGGCCAGCCUGGCGAAGGCCUCAACGUCGAGCAGAGAAAGCUUUUGACGAUUGGCGUGGAAUUGGCCGCGAAACCUGCGCUUCUGCUCUUCCUUGACGAGCCGACAUCUGGUCUCGAUUCGCAAUCUUCUUGGGCGAUCGUUGCUUUCCUGCGCAAGUUGGCAGACAACGGGCAAGCCGUCUUGUCGACUAUCCAUCAGCCGAGCUCCAUCCUUUUCCAAUCCUUCGAUCGUCUCCUCUUCCUGGCCAAGGGCGGCAAGACCGUCUACUUUGGUGACAUCGGCGAGAACUCUCGUACUCUUCUGGACUACUUCGAAAGGAACGGAAGUCGCCACUGCGAAGACACUGAGAACCCUGCGGAAUUUAUGUUGGAAAUCGUUGGUGCAGGUGCUAGCGGCAAGUCAACUCAGGACUGGCAUGUUGUUUGGAAGAACAGCAAUCAGGCGCAGGAUGUCCAGAAAGAGCUCGAUCGCAUUCACGAAGAAAAGAAGAACGAGGAGAUUGCCGGCGCGGAUAGACCAGAUGCCCACAGCGAGUUUGCAAUGCCUUUCAGUACGCAAUUGUUUUAUGUUACCCAGCGAGUAUUUCAGCAGUAUUGGCGUACACCAACGUAUGUGUGGGGCAAGAUAUUGCUGGGGAUUUUGAGUGCGUUGUUCAUUGGUUUCUCGUUCUACAAGCAGAACAGCUCACAACAAGGCCUCCAGGAUGUAAUCUUCUCUGUGUUUAUGAUGACGACGAUCUUUACAACGCUCGUCCAGCAGAUAAUGCCUCUCUUCGUCACACAACGCGACCUAUACGAAGUCCGCGAACGCCCGUCCAAAUCUUACUCCUGGAAAGCCUUUCUCAUAGCCAACAUCUUCGUCGAAAUCCCGUACCAAAUCAUCCUCGGCAUCGUAGUCUGGGCCAGCUACUACUACCCCAUCUACACCACCGACGGCAUCCAGUCCUCCGAGCGCCAGGGCCUCAUCCUCCUCUACAGCAUCCAAUUCUUCAUCUUCGCCUCCACCUUCGCGCAUGCCCUCAUCGCCGGCCUCCCCGAUGCCGAGACCGCCGGCAAUAUCGCCACAUUCAUGUUCUCGCUGACCCUCGUCUUCAACGGCGUCAUGCAGCCGCCACAGGCUCUCCCCGGCUUCUGGAUCUUCAUGUACCGCGUCUCGCCCCUCACGUACUGGGUUUCCGGCGUAGUGUCUACCGGUCUUGCGGGUAAGGCCGUCGACUGCGCCGACAACGAACUCGCCAUCUUCAACCCGCCCGCUGGCCAGAAUUGCGGCGACUAUGCUGGCCCUUACGCCAACACGAGUGGUGGAAACCUGCUUAACCCGUCCGAUAUGCAAGACUGUCGCUUCUGCUCGCUUAGCACUUCGGACCAGUUCCUCACGUCUGUGUCUAUUGAAUACACGACGCGUUGGCGGAAUUUCGGGAUCGUAUGGGCGUAUGUCUUAUUUAAUAUCUUUGCGGCCGUGUGCUUUUAUUAUUUCUUUAGAGUGGCGGGGAAGAAGAGCUUUGGGCUCGGAAAAGUGAAGGAUAAGAUGACCGGGUUAUUGAGGAGAGGGGAUAGGAAGGGGGAGGCUAAAGAGCCGGUGGGGAAGAAGGAAGGUGAGGAGCAUACGACGCUGCCAGAUCAGAGAAAUGCGGAGAAUCCGGCGAUAGUGCAGGGUGUGAUGGCGGAAGAGAAGGGCGGAGGGGUAAUAAAUGUGGGAUAGGGCUUGUUUCUACAGCACUAAGACAUAAGUUUGGGCACUCCUUGCCACUGCUUGGGGUACCCCGAUAGGAUUUUAAUACACCAGAUACGAUGUAAACGCCAACGAAGUAGAGAUUAGGCUACCUUUUGACGAAGUCAAUCCUUGUUAGCUGGGGUGCUCCUUACAGUGGUGUCGAUAGAGCAAGAAUAGUGCCGGAGCAGUGAUAUAUCCCGUAUGACCCAGUACUAUGAAAACCGAGAGCGUUUUGGGUUACUUAUUCC